UUAAGUUUUUUUUUGGGUGGGAGGAACAACCCUAAAAGGCAAGAGGGCACGACCGGCUCCCUUCAAUUGGUCUUUUUCUUCUUUGUUUUCGCGUGCUCUUCCUUCUCCGAUCGACCAUGCUAGAAUCCCAGAUGAUAUCGCCAGACGCUGGAUCUGUUGUUGGUAGGAUCUCCGUGCUUUCACAAUCGGUAAUCAAGAGGCUGCCAAUGAAACGCUCAAUCAGUGAGGGCGAUUUGUCCUCCUCGUCGAAGAAGAAGAAGAGGAAGACGAAGCACCAUGAAUCUGAAGAUCUCGGGUCCGAUUUGGCUCCACCACCCAUCAGAUGCUCAAUCAGCGAUGGGGAUAUCAUCACGAGGAAGGAGACGGACACAGACGAUGACGCUGAAUAUCCAAUCGAUGAUGUUAAUUUGGCAUCGGCUAUGGUGAAUCCACCAUACUCAAUUAGUGACGAUGAGGACGACGAUCCUCCGAAUAUCUCCACCCCUGCUGUGCGAGUUUUCAAUCUCAACUUCUGCCAUAAUAAACCUGACCCCAAAGUCUACGUGGACGAGGCUUGGAUACUUCUAAAGCCAGCUCUCACAAGCAUCUUACAUGAAGAAGACGACCUAGACCGUUUCAGCUUCGCUACGAUUAACCAUGCUGCUGCUAAGACAUGGUGGAAUGAGUCAUCAGGAGAAGCCUUUUCCAACCUGAUUCUAGAGGUCUGUGGGACAUAUAUUUCCACAACCCUGCAGUCUUUGGCAGUGCAUUGCAAUGAUGAUGAUGAUCCCUCUCGUCUCUUGCUUCUCUUGGAGAAAUCUUGGCUGGAUUUUCCUAAGAAAUUAGAGCAUAUCUGUAGCAUUGUUGGAGUUGGUGGAAAAAAAUUGUGGGGUUUGGGUCUUAAGCUUUUACCCACAAAGCUCUUCUUGGUCCCUCAAAUUUGUGACAAGGUUCGAACCAUCAUUCUGCAUCUCAUUACAGAUCAAAGAUUAGGCAAGCCUGUUAACAUGAGUCAGCUAAAGAAUCUUAUGGAUAUGUUUAGUGGGGAUCCUUUCCGCAAAUUGCGCUUCUUGGAGAAGCCUUUUCUUGACUCCACUGCUGAGUUUUAUGCCGCAGAAGCAAAACAAGUCCUGGAACAGUCUUCUGACAUUUCCCUGUAUUUGAAACAUAUCAAUCGAAGGGUUGGUGAGGAGAAGAAAAAAUGCAGAAGCCUCUCCCUUUUCUUUAUAUUCCAGGAUGAGCUGCUUGAAGUUGUCUACAGGGAACUCCUGGGGGUUCAUGCUUGUGCCAUUCUUGAAAAGGGUUUCGAGAAGCUAAUGGAUGAUAGACACUUUGAGGCCCUUCGUAUCAUGUAUGAUCUCUUCUCCCAGGCGGAUUUAGUGCAUCAUAUCAACGAUGCCCUUAGCUCUUAUAUUUGUCAAACUGGAGAGAAGAUUCUAGAAGAAGAAGGCUCGUCUCUGGCUGAGUUCAAGGCUCGCGUUGAUAAGGUAUGUUGUACAUACUUUUCCGAAGAUCCGUUGUUGGAGAAGACUGCCCAAAAGUCUUUUGAAGGACUUGGAAUGUCUGUCGUUCCUCCUAUGCUGGAUGGUCCAUUCGCCGAGGAAAUGUUAGAGUCCGGGCCUCUUCCGACAAGUCACCGCUGUUUUUAACAAGGGUGUUUUUAUUAUGUCUACUAGUCCCCCAUUAAGUAAGGAGAAAUGCUACAAAUUAUUUUAAUUAUGUUGCUUUUGCUUAUACACUGUUCCUUUAUGGUGGUUGCUACGAUUGAAUAUUUUAGGCUUUUGGAUGCUUCUUUCAUCUUUUUAUUAUCAUUAUUACGAAUUGUUCACCU